AUGAGGAAGAGCUUGAGUAUGAACAAUAUGUCCGAAUACGAGCCUGCUUGCAAGGACGGCGGCAGUAGAGAUGCACCAAGGGCUGCGGCGGUAGAUGGCAGCAGCACGGGCUACGCAGCCGCCGACGACACCGUGCCCCGGGCCUCUAACCGGAACCGCGAGCGCAGGCGAGGAAAGAUCGGUUCUAACUCGACGGCGAACACGUGGUUGGAGGCAUUGCCGACGGUGGUGUUGAAGAGACCGAGUUCACGGCGGAAAUCACGCCAUUAUCAAUUGGAUGGAGGACGUUACAAAGUAACUGAUAUUUAG